AUGAAGGGGCGUACGCCGACAGUCACCUGUCGACGGCGGAACGCCAGUUCCUCGCCCUCGUAUUUCCCUGGAGAGUCGGUGGCUGGGCCGUCGGCACUUCAUCCACCAGCUUUCCUCGUGGUACCGUGCUACUCUCCGGAUAAUCGAAAACUCCGACAGGGCCUUGCCGCACCUCAUGACGCCCCGCCAAGGGAGUACAACGGACAGCGAGCGCAGUGGUGCUUGACGAACCGGAGAAAGCAACAAAUGAUGGGAGGUCUCUCUCGACCGUCUUUCGGGUGGCUAAGCGCUGUAGCCAAUCACUGGAACCGAUCCAGUAAUAGGCCCGCGCCUGUGCCGUGGGGCCGCUCUGAUCAAGCAAGGAUCUCAACCGCCGCCCUCUCUUCUUCGAUGACCGCGGUCAACUCGCUGCCGAAACGGCAUAAGUCUUCUGACAACGCAAUCUGUCAGGGCGAUGAAGAUGCGGUCACUGCCUCCAACGAUACUCAGUCGCCGGAAGCUGUUCCCAUCGAAAUGCUCGGACCAUUUGCACUUUCGCGCUCCAUUAUCAAAGCCUUCAGGGAAGACGAAAGAGACAUGACCCUGUGGCGCCGGUUUGCCUGUCGCACCCAAGUUCUUUUGCCGUCGCUGCCUCCGUCGUCUCUUGUUCCCGUCCUCGGCGCGUUCGCUACCUUGGGCUACCGAGAUCGCGAUCUUCUUGGUGGCGCUGCCGAAGUUCUGAUUCCGCAGCUUUCUCUAUGCACAGGAAAGGAAGUUUGUCGGGUGACUCACCAUUACGCUCAGCUUCUGGCUCGGCAUGACCUCCUCUUCUCAGUGUGUGCCCGAGAGCUUGCUCGGCGAGCACACGAGUUGCAGCCGAAUGAGGUCGCCCGCGUACUUCACUCCUACGCCCGUCUUGGUUACUUUCAUCCUCACCUCUUCGCUGUCCUCCGUCGUAGACUUUUCGAGGUAUCAAAACAGCUCGAACCCGGAGCCCUUGUCCUAAUUGUGUCAGCAGCCGCAAGGUUAAGACUUUGCGAUGAGAAACUGCUCGCCGUUGUUUCUGCAGAGAUCUGCCGGCGUAUCGGCGAUGUGAAUGUGAAGGGGCUUGCGGUUGUCGCAAAUGCAUGCGCUGAAUUGGGAGUAGGGAACUUGUUUCUGCUCGAAAUAUUGGCGGAUGAGGCUUUCCGCAAACGCGCCGAAAGGCGCCCGCAGGACGUGGCACUCCUGCUUCGGGCGUUGGGAAGACUCGGGCACCACUGCAUGAGCAGCAAAAGACAAAGAGCUCUCGUGGACGACUUGACACGUGAUCUGCCCAAACACCUGAAGAAGUUCUCUUUGGAGCAGGUGUGCAUGACAGUUUCAGCCCUGUCCCGUCUGUGGAGAGACACGUCGGCGGUGCCUCGGGAUGGACCCUCGACUCGGAACGACCUGUUGGAAGCCCUGGGAGACCGCGUCGGCGAUUUAGCUCCAGAGCUAACUCCACAAAGCGCAGCGGCUCUCGUUUUUGCCUUUGCAAAGCUAGGCUACCGACACGGACCACUGUUAUACCACGUUCCAGAGCAUGUGGAGCGGUUUCUACCAGAUUAUAGCAUUGAUCAGCUGGCCAAGAUAUGCUUCGCGUACUCCAAGUUGCAGGUGCCAAACGCCCCUGUUUUGCAGUUGACUCUUCAGCAUCUCCCUAAACUCCUCAGUCGGGCAAGGAGGCAGGGGGCGGCCGAGGCAGGAAUGCGCAACACAGGGGAAACAACUCGUGAGCCUUCUCCUGUGAGGCCGGGGAAAACCGUUGUGCCACAUCAAGUAGGGGAAGCUGCCUGCUCCGAUACGAAAAAUAAGCACGCAUCCAGCGAGUCCUCGAUGCGUGAUCUAGAUCUAGGUGGGGGGACAGCGAUACUUGAAUCGGAAGGUGUAUGUCGCAACCGCGAGGCCAAAGACGACUCUGGCGGUGUCCUGCGACCUAGGCGCAAGAGCCAGUCCCGCCUUGUCCGGUUGUACGCUGGGCGAGCCUCCGACAGCAUCCACCAUGCUUCAUCUCUUCCUCCCUCCUCUUCACCGCCUGCCGCUGAUGAUAAUGAUGUCGAGUCAGGAAGCUCGGAUCGUUCAUCUGCACUGAAGCUUGAGGGUAAGGGCUCGGAGAGGAGGCUUCCAGGGGGCCUUUCGUUCGCGUUUAGCAAAGCUUUGGUCAAGGUUGGCACAGACGGGCAGCCCGAAAGCUCUGCAGCGGAUCCCACCUCCGGCUCAAUCCAGCCACGUCUUCACUCGGUUCUUCGAAUUCUUCGGGCGAUGCUACAGUUGAAUAUUUUUGACAGAGAGGCGCUUACAGUGAUGGGAGACCAUUUGGCGGAACGAGCAGCGGAGAUGCCAUCCUUUGCUCUCGUUACAGUCGUCGAUCUUUACGCUUCUCUUGGGUUUCUGCACCGGCCUCUCAUCGAAAGGAUCCGAAUUGAGCUUCGGGACCCACGCGAGGAUAUCAGUUUCACCCAAACAGAGCUGCGGCGUUUGUACGACGCCCUGCACGUUAGGCUGCAGCUUUCGCCCUCUGAGUUUGGCGUGCUGCGCGUGCCACAGACUGCUGUGGAUGGGUCCACGCCACCGUCGUCGAAGAGAGAAAUUCUGACAUGCGCUGUGUUGCGCGCCUCGGCUCACCUUGAUGCCACAGGCGGAACCUCUGGCGCCAUAUUUUCGGAAACCCAAAGUGCCGACAGGCCUGGCCACGGACAUGAGGGCUCAGCGAAGGCAACAGGAGAGGCGACAGAGACGGUAGCGCCCACCACGUGGUUGUACUUGCAUGUUCCCGCAUAUCUGGAGAAACUUCUUCAACCAGACGUGCAAGAGGCGAUCUCAUGCGUGGCUGAAGACUCUGAGGCUCUUGAGGCAGAACUGCGGUCAUUUGACUUCCCUGUGGCGCACACUGCAGGCUUCCAGGAGAAAGCCUCAUGA